GUCUGCUUCCCUCUCUCCUUGGAACUUCCCCUUACCUUCUUUUCUCUAUUUGGGAUUUAAUGGUUUGAUUUUCAGCUCAGAUCCACACAAAUACACCUUUUCUUUGUCUAUUUACUUGUCGUAAAAACCCAGAACCCAAUUUUUUUCCACUUUCCCUACUUCAGGAUAGUUAUUUUGAAAGAAGAUACAUAUGAUUGCAGAGAAGUAACCGAAAGCCUGCUGAUGCAAAACCCUGUUGGGAACAAUAUAUGGCUGCGCCACUAGGUAGUAGGCUUCAAGACAUGUUACAGGCUGCGGUGCAAUCUGUUCAGUGGACUUAUAGCCUCUUCUGGCAACUUUGUCCACAACAAGUGAUUCUUGUUUGGGGUGAUGGAUACUACAAUGGGGCAAUUAAGACUCGGAAGACAGUGCAACCAAUGGAGGUUAGUGCUGAGGAGGCGUCUCUCCAAAGAAGCCAGCAACUUAGAGAACUCUAUGAAUCGUUGUCCGCCGGAGAAACAAACCCGCCAACUCGCCGGCCUUGUGCCGCCUUGUCGCCGGAGGACCUAACAGAAUCUGAAUGGUUCUAUUUGAUGUGUGUCUCAUUCUCAUUUCCUCCUGGUGUCGGGUUGCCGGGAAAAGCAUAUGCCAGGAGGCAGCAUGUAUGGCUCGCUGGUGCAAACGAGGUGGACAGCAAAACAUUUUCAAGAGCUAUUCUAGCCAAGAGCGCUCGUAUACAGACGGUGGUGUGCAUUCCUCUAUUAGACGGCGUCGUUGAGUUUGGUACAACGGAAAAGGUUCAAGAAGACCUUAAUUUCAUCCAACAUGUGAAGAGCUUCUUCAUAGACCACCAUCCUCUCCCGCCGAAGCCUGCACUCUCGGAGCACUCCACCUCCAACCCCACCUCCUCCUCCGCCGUCAUGUACACCGUGGCUGACCCACCCGCCGCCAAUCCCAACCAAGACGACAUGGAUGAAGACGAGGAGGAAGAAGAAGAAGAAGAAGAAGAAGAUGACGAAGAAGACGAAGCUGAAUCUGGCUCCGAAGACGAAACGGGAGGCCGUAACGCCUGCCCAACGUCGACGCCGGACAUGAUGGCCGCGACGGCGGCGGAGCCAAGCGAGUUGAUGCAGAUGGAGAUGCCGGAGGAUAUUCGGGUCGGGUCACCAAACGACGGGUCGAAUAACUUGGACUCGGACUUUCAUUUGCUAGCCGUGAGCCAGACAGGGAACCCGUCGGGUCAAGCUGAGUCAACCCGGAGGUGGGGCCCGAUUCCAGACCCGUUGGUUUCGCUACAAGUUCAACUACCGGCAUCAGUACUUCCUCCACUAGAAGACUUGACACAAGAAGACACUUACUACGCUCAAACGGUAUCAAACAUCCUCCAAAACCAGUGCACCCGGUGGACCGAGUCACCCUCCGUUGGCGGUUACAUCAGUUACUCCACCCAAUCAGCUUUCGCCAAGUGGUGCAGCCUCGCCGACCACCACUUCCACACGGCGGUGGACGGCACCAGUCAGUGGCUCCUCAAGUACAUUCUGUUUACAGUCCCAUACCUGCACGCCAAGAACCACGACGAGAGUUCUCCCCAAACCCGAGACUCCACCGCCGCAGCCGGAGGCGACCCGGCCGCCAGGUUACGCGGCAAGGGUACAGCGCAAGACGAGCUGAGCGCGAACCACGUGCUGGCAGAGCGCCGCCGCCGCGAGAAGCUGAACGAGAGGUUCAUCAUUCUGAGGUCGCUGGUUCCGUUCGUGACGAAAAUGGACAAGGCUUCCAUACUAGGGGACACCAUCGAGUACGUGAAACAGCUUCGCAGGAAGAUUCAGGACCUGGAGGCGCGUAACCGCCAGAUAGAGGUUGAACAACGGUCGAGAGUGGCGGAGCAACCGGUGGUGCAGAGGACAAGUAGCAGCACCACGAAGGAACAACAGAGGAGUGGGGUAACUGUCCUGGUGGGGCCCGAGAAGAGGAAGGUGAGGAUCGUUGAAGGGAGGGCGAAGACGGUGGAGGUUGAGGCUUCAACAUCAGUGCAAGUUUCGAUCAUAGAGAGCGACGCGCUUUUGGAGAUUGAGUGCACUCACCGAGAAGGGUUGCUUCUUGACGUUAUGCAAAUGCUGAGGGAGUUGCGAAUAGAGGUUAUUGGGGUUCAUUCUUCGCUGAACAAUGCGGUGUUUGUGGCGGAAUUGAGGGCUAAGGUUAAGGAAAAUGCAAACGGGAAGAAGGUUAGCAUUGUUGAAGUGAAGAGAGCACUCAACCAAAUUAUACCCUACACUACUGACUAGCGAAAUAGGUUAGUGAAGCAUUUUCACAAACAUUUACAAAUCAUUAUUCCAAGUGGAAACUGUCGGCGUAUUGAUCUCCAAUCACAAUCAUUUACGUGCCCGUGUACGUAGCAUGUGCCAUGUGGUGUGCUCUGGCUUAAUGUAAAUCUGAACUCAUGGCCAGGUCUGAAGUCUAGUAAUAAACAACUUUUUAGAAGCACUACCAUAUGUACCAGCGUUUGGUAAAUUGAACUAGUUGAAAUUCUAUUUAGUGCAGUAAUUAAUGAUGCAGUGAGAAUGAUUGAAAUCGA